AUGGAAUUCGCGCGUGGAGGCCUAUUGGAGUCGGUGAAAGACUCGUUGGGCACCAAGGCUUCAUCGACGCUUCAUGCGAGGGCAGGGCCUAUUUUGCAGUACAUUCAGUUUUGUGAAGACAGAGGGUUACAGGCCUUCCCAUUGAUUGAACCAGUGGUUUAUGACUACGUCAAGUCAUGUGAAACGAAGGCUGCAACCUAUGCCAGGUCCUUUCUCUUGGCUUUGAGUUUUACAAAUUUUCAUUUUGGACUCACUGGGACGCUGUCCAUCAUGAGCUCUGGACGCAUUCGUGGCUUGGCAAACACCAUGUACUCCAAGAAAAGAAACCUGACACAGAGGCCGCCCUUGUCAGUGGAUCAGAUUGAACACCUUGAAAACAUAGUUUUGGAUGGUCGCAGGACCGAAUUUGAUCGACUGGCUGGCGGAUUCUUUCUUUUCAUUUUGAUGGGCAGGCUCAGAUUUAGCGAUGGGCAACAGGUGUGCCAACUCAAGCUGGAUCAACAACCUGAUGGCUUUGGUUUUGUGGAGGCAGUGGCAGCCAAAACCAAGACCUCUGUCAGCUUGGAAAGGAAAACACGUCACCUUCCAGUUGCCGUUCCUCUCAUGGCUUUCGGUGCCAAGCAAUGGCUGCCUACGUGGUUGGAGCUUCGGAAGAAAGCCUUUGGAGAUGCCUCCAACAGCAAGGAGGAGUUCAUCCCUCUCUUGCCCUCACCAACUGCCAACGGUUCCUGGACCAAAAUGCCAUUGACGGUUACGUUAGGGGCCAAUUGGCUACGCAGCCUCCUUCAGGGCACCGGGGAACAGCAGGGAACUCCCAUUGGGACUCAUAGUUAUGAAGUUGCAGAAGAAGAAGAGUUGAGUGAAUCCUCAUCUUCUGGAUCCGAAAACGAAGAAGAGGUCCAUCCCGAAGGAGAAGAAUUGGCUUGCGAAAAGGUGCUUGGAAAAUGGCAACCCUUGGCCGAGCCACCUUCGGAAGAAAGUGUCUUUGUGCGCCACCGAAUUUCCCGGUGCAUCCACAUCAUGGCCGACGAGGCUGGGCUGGAAUUUGUUUGCGGCAGGAAGAUGUCCGCAUCAUACGAUGUGCUGGAGCCCAAACCUUCCUUUUGCCAUCCGGCUUGCCAACUUUGCUUCAAAGAUCGGGCCACCUGA